AUGUUUGGCCGUAGCAUACCGGCGUUGGGUGAAUGGGCGAAGGGUUUGAUGGACGGCAGCGGCCCCGCUUUCCUGGCUGGCACCAAGGCUCCGGCACAUGGUGUUCCGUACCGGUGCCCCGUGCCUGUCUGGGACUUUGGUGCCGUGGGUCCCCUCGGCGAUAACCUAUCGGAGGCAUCAGCGAACCAGUCCCCGCCGGAUGAUGCUUCUCAACACGAUGUCGAGCCAUAUUCCGGAUUGGCGGGCGCACAAGGUGGAACAUCGGAAAGAGGUCUCUUCGAAUCGAGCUCGUGGGCUGCCUCUAGCGCGGUGCGAUUUGGCGGCUAUUUUUCGCCGUUGGAUUUUCUUUGUGAAGCCUAUAAUAGGUUGUUGUCUCGCAUGGCCUGGCGUGUUUGGCUUUGUUCAGCCUUGCUAACGUUGGCCGAGCAGUCAGUCGGUAAAGUGCGGUGUGGGGAUGGUAUUCUUUGUCCCAUCUUACCGUUGGGAAACCACAAACCGAAUCACGACGCCGAGCAGGUGGGCAAACCGCGCGCUAUCCUGGAGCAGCCACAAUUGGCCGCCAUGACAACUCCAGCUCUCGCAAUCUGGAGGAUUCUUCAAGUACUUGUCCUUGCAAAGCCCGCUCCCAGCCCAAGUGGAGAAACCAAGCUGGGCAGACUUCAACAUGGCAAGAGCGUCUUGGCAACUUUCGUGAUGGGAUGA